UGUUUUCACAUUUCUCCAAAAGGCCCUGAGGCCUCUCGAGCGCGUGUCCUUGCGAGUUCUGCUCCUCUUCUUGGGGAGAGGACCUUCCACCUUCUUCUACCUCGCUGCUGAGCUCGUCUCUCCGCAUCCUUCAGGCCUCUAUCGCUGCCGGCGCACAGCAUCCCUUUCGUCACUGCUGCCCCGCUUUUCUCCGCCGGACAAUCGCCCCUCAUCGCCAGCUCGUUUUGUAGUGCCGAACAUCGACUGCUGGGGAUAUCAAGAACAAAGAGCUCAUUGAGCAAGAAGUAAUGAAUGGGCAUAGCAAAGAUGGAUUAAUGGAAAAGAGAACUUCUUUGACAUAACAAAAGCCUAGUUGAUCUUCCACUAACAUCAAUAAGGGUCAUCCAGGGAGCUUGUCUAAUUUGAGUGGAUUAAUUAACAUAAUGAGUAGACCAAACACUCGCAGUAAGAACAAAAGGCAUAGAACUGAGACUACUGACGAUCCCUCUUCUGAAAUUCUGAGGAAAAUUCACUUGACUGGUGAGUUAUCUGAAAGUGAUAUAUCUCAGCUGUAUUCUCUUUGGAAGCCAACUUGUCAUGGUUGUCGUGUGAAUUUAAAAGACUCUCCUAAUUGCUUUUGUGGGCUUAUUCCACCACCAAAUGGAACCAGAAAGACUGGUUUAUGGCAAAAGAUGUCAGACCUUAUUGUUUCCCUUGGUCCAGAUCCUUCUAAGGAUCUUCGUUCUUCAAAUGAUACACCUGCAGGAUUAACUAAUCUGGGAGCAACCUGCUAUGCCAACAGCAUACUUCAGUGUCUUUAUAUGAACACAUUAUUCAGGGCAGGCAUUUUUUCUGUUGAACCGGAAAUUUUGAAGCGUCAUCCUGUUUUAGACCAGCUUGCACGGCUUUUUGCGCAGCUGCACUCAAGCAAAAUGGCUUUUAUCGAUUCUGCUCCAUUCAUCAAGACGUUAGAGUUGGACAAUGGUGUUCAACAGGAUAGCCAUGAAUUCCUCACAUUAUUUCUUUCCUUGCUCGAACAUUCUCUUAAUCAAUCUAAAGGCUCUACUGCUAAAACAAUUGUGCAAGAUUUAUUUCGUGGAAGUGUAUCAAAUUUGACCAGGUGCUCAGUUUGUGGAAAAGAUUCUGAAGCAUCUUCAAAGACUGAAGACUUUUAUGAACUUGAGCUGAACAUCAAAGGCUUAAACAGCCUAGAUGAAAGUCUAGAUGAUUAUCUUAGUUUGGAACAGCUGCAUGGGGAAAAUCAGUAUUUCUGUGAAUCAUGUGGCAUGCGAGUUGAUGCUACUCGUUGUAUAAAACUUCGAUCACUUCCUCCAGUGCUUAAUUUCCAGCUAAAACGCUAUGUUUUUCUCCCAAAGACAACGACAAAGAAAAAAAUUACUUCGGCAUUCAGUUUUCCUAGAAUCAUAGAUAUGGGAAAGAAAGCACAGAACCCUCCAGAAUCAGAUCUAAUUUAUGAACUGUCAGCCAUACUGAUUCACAAGGGUACCGCUGUAAAUAGUGGACAUUAUGUGGCACAUAUUAAGGAUGAAAAUAGUGGCCAGUGGUGGGAAUUUGAUGAUGAACAUGUUUCUAAGUUAGGUUUCCACCCAUUCGGGGAGAACUCCUCAAAGUCGUCUAAGAAACUUGAGACAUUGCAAUCGGUUGAUUGUCCUGUAAAGGAUGAACAUGUUGUCAAUGGUGGCCAUGCGGAUACUGGCCGGUUGUCAGUUUCUGGUUCCAAUUUGUUUGCCCAUGAGGAGAUCUUCUCUUCCACUGAUGCGUAUAUGUUGAUGUAUAAUCGCAUAAACAUCAAUGGUUGUGAGGUGAAAUCUCAUAGGACUUGUAGGGUUGAUGAUAUGGGUUUGAACGCAAAGAGCUCUGCUCUUCCCCUUCAUUUGUCAGAAGAAAUACAAGAGUUAAAUACAUCAUAUGACACUGCUUGCAAAGAAUAUCAGGCAAAAAAGGACAGCCAGGUUGCUUAUAUAUCAGAACGGCGGGAAGAGGUUAAAUCAUUUCUUUCUGAAGCUCCCGUUAAGCCACUUGAAGAGCCAUACUGCUGGAUUUCAACUGAGUGGCUUCGUCAAUGGUCUGAUACUAUUGCACCUUCCUCCAUUGACAAUAGUGUGAUUCAGUGUUCACAUGGAAAAGUUCCAAUUACAAAGGUCACUCAAAUGAAGCGAUUGUCGAAAACCAUCUGGCAGAAAUUGCUCUCCAAGUAUGGUGGCGGUCCGACUUUGACCAAUGGUGACUACUGCAUUGAUUGUAUCAAAGAAAGGGCUGGGACCUCAGUUUCGGCAGAUGAUUACAGAGAACGAAGGGCUUCCUUCAGGGAACUAGCAGAGGCUUGCCUUGCUGGAAAUCAACCCAAUUCUUCAUAUUUUGUGUCCAAGACAUGGUUGGUGCACUGGCUGCGAAGGAAAAAUGCUGAUUGUCCUUCUGACGCUGAUGCUGGACCAACGUCUUCACUGAGAUGCCCCCAUGGUGACCUUCUUCCUGAGCAAGCUGCUGGGGCAAAGCGAGUGGUGGUGCCUGAAAGUCUCUGGCUGUUCUUCUAUGAAACUGCUUGUUCAGUAAACCCUGAUGAUUUAUUGGGUUGCUUUGCCUUCCCUUCUGAUUCUGUUCCAUGUGAAAUUUGUAGCCGGGACCUGUCAGAGGUUGCCUGCUUGGAGGGUAGUAUUAGAGCAGCUAAACUUCGACAACGGCAGAAUCAUGAAAAGUUAAUACAAGGGAAAAGUUUUGCACUCAAUCCUGGUAGCAAGUACUUCUUGAUUCCCUCUUGGUGGUUAGCUAAAUGGAGAGCAUAUUUGAAUGCAACUGGGAAAAAUACGUCUUAUUCCCUAGAACCUGAAAGUUUAGAAGUGAUUAUAGACUCACUUAUCUGUAAGCAGCACUCACGGUUACUGGAAAAGCCUCUUGAGUUGGUUUGCAAACGUGGGGUGAUUAAUCAGAGGGUCUCAACUACUGAUGGGCUGACCAUUAUUCCAGAGAGUGAUUGGAAGCUAUUUUGUGAAGAGUGGAAUCUUCCAGAGACAAAAGGCAUAAGUGCUGAAAUUACUUUAACCAACAGCUCAUCAAGUGGAUUACUUGGAUCUUGCAAAGAGACGCCAAUAUCAGAUGAAGACUUGAAGCAUUCAAUUGAUGAAUCAAAUGAUGAGCUAGAGGCUAGAGAACCUUUUAUCAUAACCAUUCCAGAGAUAUGUGAAUCCUGCAUCGGAGAAAAAGAAAGUUGUGAAUUAAUGCGAAAGCUCAACUACUCUGAAGGAGACAUAUGUGUUCACCUAGUCCGUGGCAAGGAAGUUCCUCGUUCAAUUUUAGAAGCAUCAUGUGCUGCCUCUGAGCCAGAUCGUCGCACUUCUAAGAGAUCAAGGAAAACAUCAUUUGGCAACUCAAUCAAUCUCAAUGUCUCUGCCACCACAUCUAUUUACCAGCUCAAGAUGAUGAUAUGGGAAGCUUUUGGGACUACAUGGGUGAUCGAUUCCUUGAGAAAACCUACAAAUGUUGUGAAGGAAAACCAAAAGCUUCAUAAAGGCUCUGUAGAGAUUGAGGGUGAUACUGCUACUCUUGCGGAUAAAAAUAUUUUUCCCGGAGAUGUUCUUUGGGUUAGAGACACCGAGAUCCAUGAGAAUCGUGAUAUAGCUGAUGAACUUUCGGAACAAAAAACAGAGGCACAACUGGUUGAAGAAGGUUUUCGUGGGACUCUACUUAUAUCAGAUGUGUACAUUCAGGAUACAUGAUUUUGCAGCUGAGUUUUUGUACUAAGGUUUUCGUUAGUAAUGUUGGGUGGAGUUUUUCAAAAUCAGCGUGGGUGUACCUUAAUGGUUUUCAUACAAAAUUGGAGCUUCUUUUGUAUACAUGCCAACCUUUGUUCUCCUUGUAGAUAUACGUAAACCGAGUUAUGCUCCGUCUAUGUAAUAGAAGAACCCUUUUUCAUCCAUGGAGCAGUGUUUUGUGGUGCCUAUAGAUAGGGUUCCCAGCUUGUACUGUACCAUACUUUGAUAGCUCUUUAUAGUCAGAUGCCUGCCCAUGCUCGAUUAGUUGAAGGUUUCAUCCCAAAAAAAUAGAAAGAAAAA